AUACGAAGCUCUUCUUUGGGUCUGCGAAACAACUGUAUAAGAGCUAGAUAUUAAGUGAACAGGCUGCUGCAUGCGCUCUAUACUCUGUAGUGUCCCUGUUGCAACUGGGUAACUUCUGAUAACAUAGCCACGAUUCAGUCUGCAAAUUUUAGAAUUAUAGUUUUAUAUGGUAAUGGAGCAGUAGUAGCUCCGCUCCUUUUAAAUUUGGUGAAGACUUACUAGACUUUAGCAGGGGGAGGGGAAUUUUCCUAUCUGAUCCACUGUUCUGCACCCUAAACCUCACUAGCAGCAUAUAACCUACAUUUGAUUUUUUUUGUGUAUGUGCGUGUGUGUACAUUUGAUUUUGUGUGUGUGUGUGUGUGUGUGUGUGUGUGUACACACACACACACUACAUGCAGUCUAACAGGCCACUUGACCGGAAAGCUGGAGACAUGGGUCCUAUUCCCAGCUCAGUCUCUGAUCUCCUACCUUAGACAAGUCAUCCCCGCCACCCCACCCACUCCCCCGCCUCAGUUUUCUCAUUUGCAAAUUGGGGAAAAUACUUUGAAAUCUGUGGCUGAAAGGCACUAAGAGGUAGGUGUUACUAAUUAAACACACUGUGCAUACCGUUGGGCCACCUCCUGCAGAGCUAUUGCAAAGGACAUGACCACCCAGGCCUCCGAACAGGGCUUGAAAAAUGUACUCCCUGACUUGCUGCUGCUAAGAAGGAAAGUUGCCCUGGUGAUUAAGCUACUCACAUGCAUAUUUGCAGGCUAACAGCCUGUGUACAUACUUUAUAAGUAUCAGAUUCUUUGAUAGUUUCCUGACUAGAAGGUCUAGGCCUAGAGGGUACAAAUGAAUGAGACACAAUAUUCUCUCGGGAACAUUCCAGACAUUCAAUUGUCCCUGGAAACACUCAAAGUAACAGCUUUGGCUUGAGCACUGAAUCUAUGGGGUGGCCAUACUGCCAGAAACGCUGCAGCUACUGCAACUUCAACAAGUACAUUCCCCGUGGUCUGGACGAGGCGUCCAUGAGGAGCUGUCUCACUCAGGAAGCCCGGACCCUGAUCCAACUCAGCCAGGUCCACAGGAUCAGCUCGGUGUUCUUUGGUGGGGGCACCCCAAGCCUGGCCAGCCCGCAAACCAUCGCUGCCGUCCUGGAGACCAUCUCCCGCUGCGCCCACUUGGCUGCGGAAGGGGCCUCUCGGCUGGCAGAGUUCCGGGCGUCAGGCAUCAAUCGCCUCUCCAUCGGCAUCCAGUCCCUGGACGAUGCAGAACUGAUACUCCUUGGGAGGGACCACACGGCUCAUGAGGCUCUGGGGACCUUGGAAGAGGCAAAGAAACUGUUUCCAGGCCGCACGUCCAUUGACCUCAUCUUUGGCCUCCCUGGCCAGAGUGUUGCCUCGUGGACCAAGGGAUUAGAAGAGCUACUUCAGCAGUGCGAUGACCAUGUGUCUCUGUACCAGUUGACGCUGGAGAGGGGCACCUCCCUCUUCAGACAGGUCCAGCAGGGCUCUGUGCCCGCGCCGAAGCAGGAGGUGGUGGCGGAGAUGUAUGAAGUUGCCCGGGAGAUGCUGCGAGACACGGGGUACCGACAGUAUGAAGUCUCCAAUUUUGCCAGGAAUGGGGCGCUCAGUGCCCACAACCUGUCUUAUUGGCAAGGCAGCCAGUACAUAGGGAUUGGGCCAGGAGCUCACGGGAGGUUUGUGCCACGAGCACACGGGGAGAACCUUCGGGAGGCCAGGAUACAGACCCUGGAGCCGGACAGCUGGAUGAAGGAGGUGCAGGCCUUUGGACAUGGCACCCGGAAGCGGGCUGCGCAGGGCGAGCUGGAGGUGUUGGAAGAGGUUUUGGUUCUGGGACUCCGCACGGAUGUGGGACUCGCACACCAGCACUGGCUGCAGUUUGCCCCCAGCCUGAGCCUGUGGGACGUGUUUGGAACCUCAGUGGAAGUGAAAGAGCUGGAGGAUCAGGGCUUGCUGCUUUUGGACAAUCGGGGGCUCAGGUGCUCAUGGAAAGGUUUGGCUGUGCUGGACUCUCUGCUGCUGACUCUCCUCAACCAGCUCCAGCAGUCCUGGGAAGACAGAACAGCCCAUGGGACCUGAGGCUAGACAACUCUGCCAGCCAGGAGAUGGCAGGCUUCCCCGGCAAACUCCAGCAUUCCUGGAUUGACAGUCCCUGAGAGGAGACCAGAAGAUGGACAGACCUUGCAUCCAGCUGCAACGGAUUUUAGUAGGGGAAGCUGAUCCUAAGCGUGCAAAGGAACAACUUGGCUCUUGGCGGAAGUCUGCUGGCCUCCCUCCGUGUGCAAAAUCCAGGACUAGGGCCAAAUCCAGGCUUGGAGUAAAUUGAUGGAAUUUGCACCUGUUUGUAGCUGAACGGAAGUGGUUUAUUUAUUUAUUUUAACAUGCACAAUAUCUGCUCAGUGGCUGCUGCAGAAAAUAUGCUGAAAUGUGUCUUAAUAUUACAUCGACUGGAAAAAUA